AUGGAGACCAGUCAGCUGCUGUUUUUCUCUCUGAUGAUGACGAUGAUGAUGAAGACCUCAGCUGCUUCUCAACAGAACUUCUGCUCCAACUCGACCGUGUUGAGAACUUGGACAGCUUGUCAGUCCUGCAGCAUCAGCGCCUUCAUUUCCUGUCCGUCCGGAUUCAGACGUUCACCUGGAACCUCAACCAAGGACUGCAAAACCCAGAACACUCACUGCUAUAGAACCAGAACACUCACUGCUAUAGAACCUAGAACACUCACUGCUAUAGAACCCAGAACACUCACUGCUAUAGAACCCAGAACACUCACUGCUAUAGAACCCAGAACACUCACUGCUUUAGAACCCAGAACACUCACUGCUAUAGAACCCAGAACACUCACUGCUAUAGAACCCAGAGACUCUCAGACUAAAAUCCGUAUCCAUGGCAGCAGGAAGAAAGGUGUGAUCCUUCAGCCUGACGUGGUCGCGUCUAACGGAAUGAUUCAUAUCAUCAACAAGCUGAUGGACAGCGUCGCUCCGACUGUGGACAGCGAUACAGAGGAGAAUCUGAUGAAGAUAAUUUCAGACUAUGGAAAGUUUGACAGACUCAAGUUUUUAUUAGAAAGAGCAGGAAUGUCUUCGCUGCUCGAUCUUCCCGGUCCGAUCACGCUGUUCGCUCCCAGCAGCGCCGCGUUUGAUGCCAUGGCAACGGGACACCUGCAGUACCUGAGCAGUGCUGAAGGCUUCAACAAGCUGGUGGAGUUUCUCAGGAAUCACAUCGUCUCCUCUUCCUCGCUGGAGGUCUUUAACGCCGUGUCCAGCCCCAGAAUCAUGACGAUGGCCAAUCAGGUUCUGACCAUCAACGUGACAGAAAAUGGUCAGAUCCUGGUGAACGGAGCGGCCGUGUUGGAGGCGGCUGUGCAGGCGAAGAACGGACGUCUGUAUGUGAUGGACAGAGUUCUGACUCCGGCCUCCAUCGAACCCGUGCUGCCUCACCGCUGUGACAUCACCGAGAGCAAGAUCAUCAAGGGUCAGUGUGUCAGGUGCUCAAAGGUGCAGCUGUCUCAGUGCUCGUCUGGAGUUUACAUGGGCGUGUCCACAUUCGGCUGUAUUUACACGCUCACUUUGUCAGGUGUCAGUAUCCCGGCAACCGGCUGCUUGCCGCUCUGCAACGCCACAGUCACGACUAGAGCGUGCUGUAAAGGUUUCUUCGGCUCAGACUGCAGACUUUGUCCUGGAGGAUUUCAGACUCCGUGUUCAGGAAAUGGAAACUGCUCAGACGGGAUUGAAGGAAACGGGUCGUGUGUGUGUCGUUCCUCCUUCAGCGGUUCUCGCUGUCAGUUCUGUUCGUCUCCCAACAGAUACGGACCCAACUGUGACAGAGCAUGUGUGUGUGUUCAUGGUCAGUGUGAGAACCGUCCAGACUCUGAUGGAAGCUGUAAGUUGGACUCGUGUGUGUCGGGUUUCACCGGUCGGCUGUGUGACCGGCGGACGGCAGCGUGUGGCGUUCAGGCUCAGUUCUGUCACGCACACGCUGACUGUGACUUCAGCCAGGGAGCCGCCAGGUGUGUCUGUAAACCUGGUUACCAAGGCGACGGCAUCACCUGCGUGGAGUCGGACCCGUGUGCUCCUCCGCUGAGAGGAGGCUGCAGCGUCAACGCUAAAUGUGUAAGGACGGGUCCCGGCACUCGCUCCUGUCAGUGUCUGACCGGGUGGAAGGAAGACGGAGACGACUGUCAGCCAAUCAACAACUGCCAGGCUGCGGAUGGAGGCGGUUGCCAUGCCAACGCCUCCUGCAUCUACGUGGGACCUGGACAGAGUGAGUGCCGGUGUAAGGAGGGCUACAGAGGAAGCGGUCUGGACUGUGAGGCUGUGAAUCGAUGUGUCAGCGAGCUCGGAGGAUGUCACUACCUGGCCAGCUGUCGGCUGCUCUCCUCUCAGUGGUCGUGUGUCUGUGAUGAAGGCUAUUUGGGGAACGGACAGGUGUGUUAUGGCUCCGUGCAGCAGGAGCUGACGGCGCUGCCUGAGGCCUCAGACUUCCUCACCUGGACCACAGACUCCGGUGUGUCUCUCUCAGAGCAGAACAUCACGCUGCUCGUUCCGUCUUCAGCCGCCAUCGAUAAAAUGUCUCCAGAGGACAAAAACUUCUGGACGAUGAAAGGAAACCUGCCGAGCCUCAUCAGGAAUCACAUGAUCCAGGGUUUCUACUCGUUAUCUGACCUCAGCACCAUGACCUCUGUGACCUCACUUCUCAAGACAACACUUCCUGUUUCAACAACCAAUGAGGUCACAGCUGUCGGAGCAGCGAGCGUCAUCACGUCCAACAUCGCUGCCACCAACGGACUGCUGCAUGUUAUUGAUCAGGUUUUGGUUCCUGACAGGAAGCUGAGUGAAGGUCUGCUGGCGACGCUCGCUCUCAGACCCGACUUCUCUCUCUUCAGAUCGUUUCUCAUCGAGUACAACCUGACGGAGGAGAUCGAGCAGACCGAUGAGUUCACCGUCUUCGCUCCGACCGACGCCGCCGUCAGCUGCUUCCUGCAGGAGACAGGAGCGACCGCUCUGGAUGUGAAUACGACUCGUUACCACUUGGUGGCGUCGCAGCGCCUGCUGAAGACGGACCUGCAGCCCGGCGGAUACAAACAGACGCUGCUGGGAUUCUCCUUCCAGCUGGGCUUCUACCCUCGAGACGGGAAGCUGUUUGUGAAUGACGCUCAGAUAAACAUCUCCAACAUCCUGAGCGGUAAAGGAGUGAUUCACGGCCUGACAGCUGUGCUGCAGAUCAUCAGGAAUCGCUGCGAUGAGGCCAAGUAUCAGAAAGUUAUGGGGCCGUGUGUUGACUGUUUGUUCCCACGAAGCAAAAUCUGCCCGUCUGACACGAUUCUAGACAAAUCAGAGAAGAAGAGAAAGUGUAUGUUCAGUCGGAUGUUUGAAGAGGAGCGGCUGCUGACCAUCGGCUGCAGAGCGCCUUGCCUGAAGACCAACAUCGUUCGCAGGUGUUGUGUCGGGUUUUUCGGGGAGCACUGUGAGGCGUGUCCUGGGCCGAAGGGACGAGCCUGCUUCGGUAACGGUGUGUGUUUGGACGGAACCAACGGGACGGGAGUCUGUCAGUGCUACAAAGGCUUCAACGGGACGGCCUGCGAGACCUGCCAGAGCGGGAAAUACGGAGUCCACUGCGACCAAGACUGCGGCUGUAGAAAUGGCCGCUGUAAUGACGGGCUGCAGGGAGACGGGACCUGCGAGUGUGACGUCGGCUGGAGAGGAGUCCUGUGUGACGAAAAGGUUGAAUCCAGAGCAGAUGAGCUGUGUGGCUCAGUGACCUGUCACACCAGCGCCAACUGUGUGAUCGGAGGCGUCGGCCCACACUGUCUCUGUGCUGCUGGAUUUCAAGGAAACGGAACUUACUGUCGAGCUACAGACCCGUGUGAGUUGGAUAACGGCGGCUGCAGUCUGGACGCUGUGUGUAAGAGGACUCGACCCGGCCGUCGUGACUGCGUCUGUAAAAACGGUUUCAAUGGUGACGGACUCGUGUGUGUCGAGAUAAAUCCCUGCCUGGAAGGAAACGGCGGCUGUCACGUUAACGCAGAGUGUGUUCACGUUGGACCAAACAAAACGUCGUGCAGCUGCAGUGACGGAUUCUCAGGCGACGGACAAACCUGCAAGAUGAUCAACUUGUGUUUAAAGAAAAACGGCGGCUGUGACGUGAACGCUAAGUGUAACAUGACGAGUCCGGCGGUUCGUACCUGCAGCUGUAAGAGUAACUACGUAGGAGACGGUUUGACAUGCAGAGGCACAGUGGGCAAGGAGAUCCUGAGGCGGCACCUCAGAGACUUUUAUCUCGGGCUGAUGAUGGUGGAGAUCUCUCUGAAAGGUCGCGGCCCGUUCACCGUCUUCGCUCCAAACAACGAGGCGAUCGUCACCGACCGAAACGGAGACGGAAAGAUGAGACGUCUGAUGACAGACACACAUAAGGAGCAGUUCGCCUCCAUCAUGCGCAGCCACAUCGUCAUGUGUCACACUCUGCUUCCUGCCGACCUCAGCAGACCCAGAAACAUGACCACGCUGUCUGGACUGGUCCUCAGCACGUCCAUGUCUCCUCAGGGCAGCAUCCUCGUCAACCAGGCCACCGUCACCUACAGCGACGGCGUCAGCGUCAACGGGAUUUACCACGAGAUCAACAGGCUUCUGUUUCCUCCCGACGUCAACGGAGACAAGGUUAAACGUGUUGUUGGUCCUGAUGAUGUCUGAUCUCCACAGAUGAACCUGACCGAUGUGGCCCAACGUCACGGUUAUCACAGCUUCUACCGACUGCUGCAGGAAACGGGUGUGAUGGACCAGGUGCAUGAUGGGAUUUACCAGCCGCUGACCGUCUUCCUGCCCUCCGAUGACGUCAUGGCGUCUCUGCCUCAGGAGCAGAAGGACUUCCUGUUUCACCCACACAACCAAGCUCAGCUGCUGGAGUACCUGAAGUAUCACAUCGUGCCGGGUCAGAAGAUCUACGCUGAAGGUUUGAUCCACGCGGACUCGGCUCGUACGCUGCAGGGAUCGGCUCUGUCGUUCAGCUGCGGAGGGACGAACGCCAUCGGAGAGAUCUUUGUGAAUGAUGGCAGGUGUCGCAUCACUCAGAGACACCUGGUGUUUAAUCAGGGCAUCGCGUACGGCAUCGACUGCCUGCUGACUCCUCCCAGCCUGGGGGGGCGCUGUGACACGCAGACCAACCUGGACCUGGAGCUGGGCUGUGGACUGUGCACUUCCUCUGCUGCUCGCUGCCCCCGAGGAUCCAAACUGAAGAAGGUGGAGAGGUGCGACAUGCCCUCCAUGUUCAUCACUAAGAACUCCGGCUGUCGCAGCAUCUGCACCAUCAACUUCUGGCAUCCAAACUGUUGCCAUGGUUACCACGGCCGAGACUGCCUCGCGUGUCCGGGCGGUGCCGGCGCCCCCUGCGGUAACCAUGGUAACUGUGAUGAAGGUCGCCUUGGCAACGGCACCUGUACCUGUGACGCAGGGUUUGGGGGCGUGGCCUGCGAGCGGUGCCUGGAGGGGUUCUAUGGACCCACCUGCACAGCCUGUAACUGCUCAGGACACGGGUCAUGUGACGAUGGACUCAGAGGAACAGGUUCUUGUUUCUGUGAGAUCAGCUGGACCGGAGAACACUGUGAGACCCAGAGAGACGGACUCUCAGUCUGUUCUCCGUCCUGCUCGUCUCACGCUGUCUGUCUCCAGAACAACACCUGUGUGUGUCGACCGCGUUAUGUUGGAGACGGCUUCACCUGUACAGUGGUGGACAGGUGCCAGCUGUGGAACGGAGGAUGUGCCAGAGCAGCAAAGUGUUCUCAGAGCGGAGACACAGUGAGCUGCAGCUGUCCUAAAGGACACUCUGGAGACGGCUACACCUGUCUGCCUGUGGACCCGUGUGUUGCCGGGGACAACGGCGGUUGCCAUGAACACGCCACCUGCAGCAUGACGGCGCCGGGGAAGAGGAAGUGCUCGUGUAAAGACGACUACAUCGGAGACGGACUCACCUGUGAGGCCAAGCAGCUGCCAAUCAGCCGCUGUCUCCAAGGCAACGGACGUUGUCAUCAGGACGCCAAAUGCACAGACCUCCACUUUGAAGACGCGACGCUCGGUGUGUUUCAUCAGCGUUCAGCUAACGGUCAGUACAGACUGAACUACACUGCUGCUCAGCAGACCUGCACUGCAGAGGGAGGAACCCUGGCCUCCUACACUCAGCUGUCCUACGCUCAGCAGGGGGGGUUGAACAUGUGUGCUGCCGGCUGGUUGGACCAGGCCCGGGUUGCGUACCCCACCACCUACGCCAACCCCAACUGCGGCUUUGGACACGUAGGCAUCGUGGACUACGGCACCCGUAGAAACCUGAGUGAGACCUGGGACACGUUCUGCUACCGGAUGAAGGAGCUGAAGUGUGAGUGUAAGUCGGGUUAUGUUGGAGACGGUUUCAGCUGCACUGGAAACCUGCUGCAGGUCCUCAGAUCCACACCGACCUUCUCCAACUUCCUCACAAUCAUCCUGAACUACUCUCAAGUGUCAGAAUCAGGGAAACAGCUGAUGAAGCGUCUCACUAACCUGUCCGUCCCGUCCACGCUGUUUGUCCCUGACAACAGCGGCCUGCCUGACAACCAGACUCUGUCUCAGAGGGACAUAGAGUACCACCUGUCGGAGGGACAGGCUCUGUCUCUCAGCCAGCUGAAGAACGGCAGUCGGAUCAGAACUCGAGUCGGCAGCCUCGCCGUCCUCGGAGUGUCCAACCUGCUGGACCCGUCCUCUCUGUCGUCUCGUUACAUCAACGAUCAGUUUGUGACUGACUCAGACAUUCUGGCAUCAAACGGGAUCAUACACGUCCUGCAGGGACCGCUGAAAGCCCCGCCUCCUCGCCAGGAGCUGCAUGCGGCGCAUAAGGCGGGGAUGGGAGUGGGCGUGGUGCUGCUGGUGGUUUUGGUGGCCGGAGUCAUUUUUGUUGGAUAUCACUUCUACACCCAUAAAACCAAACCGUUCCAGUUCCACUACUUCAAAGAUGACGAGGAGGAUGAAGCUCCACCUGCAGACAGCAGUCGCAGCAUCUGUAAUCCGGUUUAUGAAGCAGCUCCAGAACCGGCUGAGUCCAGCACCUCUGAUGUCACAGAGGACAAACACGAGGUGGUGAACGGAGGAUCGUACGACCUGCUGCAGGACAGCUGAGAGUUAUUACCCUAACCCCACCCUGGGGGUUAUUACCCUAACCCCACCCUGGGGGUUAUUACCCUAACCC